CUCUGGGAGUGAAGACGUCGUCGUGAGAUAAUACCGAGCUAGUGCAUCUAGUAUAGGAAGCCAGACAACAACACCAACGGUUUUUGUUUAUAUUUCCACAUAGGCUACAUAUACAUAUAUAAAUAAAUAUGAAAUCAGAGGCGUUGCACAAGUUUCUGGCUUUCUUUCCGCUGCUGAUUGCCUGCGCGUGGAGCCAGCCAUUGGAUUCAACUCAGCAACGUCAACAGCUGCCAGUAGCCCCGCAAUCGGUUAUCUUUAUUAAAAGCAAUAUCAGGCCGGAGGAUGCCCCUAAUUAUCAAAUAACAAUACCAAAGGAUCCUAGGCCAAAUGAACCCUGUCUCACGAUCACCUGGAAGACAAAUCCAGAUGGUAGUGGACCCGAAAUUCCACAAAUCUAUAUGGGUAAUGGCUACUUUGGAAUAAUGCCACCAGCUGUUAAGGUCCAGCAAAAGCAAUAAAGAACACUUAACACUUUGUAUUUAUUUAUGGAAAUUUUGUAGUAUUUUUUCUUGAAUAAAUUAUGAUUAAUUUGGGAAAAUAAA